UCCUUUAUUCACAAUCUCUGUUUAUUUCGAUAUCACUCUAGAAACAUGUCUCGGAAGUUUCUCCCGUGGUUGAGCCUAGUCGCUCUUCUUUGGCUUCAAUCUUUCAAUGGCACCAACUUAAGUUUCCCUGCUUAUUCUUCACAGCUUAAAGAGUUUCUCAAAAUCUCUCAGUUUAAGCUUAAUUAUCUCUCUUUCGCCUCUGACGCUGGAAAAGUCCUAGGUUUUAUCUCCGGUAUCGCCGCCGUUUAUCUUCCUCUUCCUCUUGUCCUUCUUGCCGGAGUAUCUGUUGUAUCAACACAGCUUGUUACAAUCGUCGCAAUCAAUAGUUUUCCGGUGAACCGUCAAGUCGCCGUGGGAUCACGGCAAGUUAUCAAGGCAGACAAAACGACGUCGUCUUCUAACGAUGUUAAAGUCGGGUUCAUCGUUUUGUUCGUCCUGACUAUAGCCACGGGGAUUUACGCCGUGGCUACGAGUCUUGUCUCGGCUCCUGCGGUUUUAGUACUUGUAGGCAUUGCUCUGUUUCUUCUUGCUCCUCUUACUAUACCAAUUGGAGUUGGAUUUAAAGAGCUCAUGUCCUCUAGAAAAACUCAACAAAAGGUACACGAUCUUGAAGCUCCUCCCGAUAAAUUUUAUUUCGAAGAAGAAGAUCACACGAAAGAAGAAGAAGAGUUUGAGAAGGAAAUAAUUGGAGUUAAAGAAGAGAUCGCUGAGUCUCGUGGCUCCACCGCGACCAGUUCCUUGGUCGCUCUCUCGUCGUCGUUCGGGUUUUUUCGGCCGCUGCUUCCUUCGUUACUCGACUACUUCUUCUCUAGCACGGCGAUGAUUGGCAUCUUCUCCGGAGCCUUGACUUCACUCUCCGUCACAAUGACGGCAGAGCUUUUUGGGACGAAGCAUUUUGGAGUUAACCACAACAUUGUUGUCGGUAGUAUUCCCCUUGGUUCUUUUUCUUUCGGAUUGUUAGCCGCUAAAGUUUACCGCGACGGAGCCGCCCUCUAUGGAGACGAUGGCAAGUGUUUUGGGAUGCAUUGCUUUCAAACCACUUUGGUAUUUUGGGAAUGCUCUGUUCGAUCGCCGCUCUUCUCGCUGCCGUUUGUAUAUACGCAACCGCGAGUUCUAUUCGCAGAAGCCGUAGAAGAAGAAGGAGAAGAAGAACAACAAGAAGUUUUGAUGGCAAAACGUAGCGUUUUCCGUUGGUAUCAAGCAAACCGCAAUUUUGUUGGUAGCAUCCGUAAUUUUUUAUUUAACCGAUGUAAACCGGUUUAAGAGUAACCGACGGUCAGGUUUUUUUUGUAUAUGGGUUAGUCGAAGAUGUAAAAAACUAGAUAGAGUAACAAAAGUAUAUACAUUAGUAAUCAUUGAUCGACAUUUUAUAAAGAUCAUUUUUAAUU